CCGGAAACGGUGACUGGCAAGCCUUGUGUUUACAAACAAAGUACAAAGGCGAAGGGAGAGACUGUCCUGGGAUUCUCGACUUAUCACAACCACAAAACUUGUGAAACGUACCAGACCACAGAGUUAACAUGACGGACCUUAUCCCCCCUAAAAUUGAUACCCGACCUCUAGUCGAGGCGCCCAUGGAGUCUCCACUUAAUUUGGCUCACACAUUCAGCAGAAGAGCAGAUAUGCUGACAAAAAAUAGAAAAUAUGAAGAGGCAAUCACAUGUCACCGCAAGGCUGCUGAGUACCUUUUAGAGGCAAUGCAGUCUGCCAAAUCAGCAACGUUACAAGAAUCUAUGGCCCUUCAGCACAAAGCGUACUUGUCUGAAAUUACAAGGUUGCAAUAUAAAAACCAGCUACUUGAACUAAUGGAUAGAAACACAAAAACUUCAGCGGUGAUCAGCCAGGCCACACAAACAGAUGGCAUCAAUAAUAUGGACACAACUGAGCAGGUGACAAUGGAUGAAGAUUCCAUCUAUGAGGUACUGCGAGAAAAUGAUGAUGUAAUGAAUAGACUGAGUGUUAAAAGUGCACCUGAAAAAGACAACACACCCGCUAAUGGGGGGAGCACACAAGCUCCAGGGUCCAGCGAGUCUAUAAUUGGCAAUAUUGUGUCCAUGGAAGAGGUUGUCAGUGUGAACAAGAAACUUAGCCAGGCUGUUCGUAGUCUUCUUCAAGAGUUGGGAUCUACUCAAGCUGAGAAAAGGCAAAUGGCGGAAAAACUUGGAGACAGUGCUGAGAUUCUCAAGCAAGGUUUUGAUGAAGAGUUGAAAUUUUAUAGUUUGGACUUGCCGCCUCUAGAAGUUUCCUAUCCAGAACUUGCUAUGCUUAAAAUGGACUCUUAAUGGUGAUGUGUAGCAUUUUACUUGGUACUAAUAACAAUAGAUGUUGUAUGUCAGUUGAAAUUGGCAAAGAAAGUGAGCGCAUUUCUGUGAAACAAAUGAUGUGUUUUGCAAUUGAAGUCUUAGUUCAACUGAACUCUGUAUUAUGUUUGUACUGGCCAAAUGAAUUUGCUUGGUCAUUUACAGCUUUUUUCACUGUGUAUCCUCAUGACAACAGUUAACAUCAAUGCCGAUUGUGACUUUGUGUAGUUUUGUGAGGGAUUGUUUUGUUUUAUUCUUCUUUGCAUUCCCCUGCCAGAUCAUAAGGGUAGUCGACUGCUUGUUCUUCUUCCUGCAGUGGAACUGAUUUUUACGUACGUGAUCGUUUUUCUUCUUCAUAGGGCCCCUUGCCUUCAGGCAGCCACAUUCAGAUUUUGGAUGUACCCUAUUUCUUUUUU